AUGACUAUAAGUGACUUAGAUGAUGAUACUUUAAUAACAAUAGUUUUAUUUUUAUCUCCUGAUGAUGUAUUCAAUUUUUCUUUGACCUCGAAGGCGAUACAUCUGGUUCUAACAACGAAUGCAGUUUAUCGAAUACUUUAUUUCAAGAAAUUUGGCUCUAAGCCCACUCCAUUAUCUUUAACAGAAUACAAUUGGAAAGACUUAUUUCAUUUGAGAGCCUCGUCUAAGGCUAAGUUAUAUACCUGGGGUUCAUCGCUGCUUGGGAGGUUGGGUUAUUUAAUAAAUGACAUUCCAGAGAAUCAUACGUCGAUUGGAUUUAUGUCUAAAAAUGUACAUACACCAACCAAUGUACCCAACUUCAAUGGAAACAUCAUUACAGACAUCAGUGCAGGUGGAUUUUCUUUACAAAUUUUAGUUAAUAAUGGCAGUUUAUACUUCACUGGAGCGAAUUGGAAAAAAUCAGAAACUUCAAAACUGACACCUGGACCUUUCCAAUCGCAUGAUUACACACCUUCACCACUGUAUGCAUUAAUUACCACUUCAAUACCACAUGUUGUGAAUCUUGGCUCAAGACGUUUAAUUCCAACUAACUCAGGUUCUCGAAUGCCCGGAUCUUGGUCUAGAAAUGAUAGAGACAUUAGUGAGUCUACCGCAAGCAAUGAACCAAGACGUCCUACGAACCCUAAUUUAACACUUCCUCCGGAGGAACAAUCUUACCCUCCAUCUUUAGAAUCUAUCAAUCAAAAAAGCCCCAAAGAGACUAGCUUUGUAACAAAGCUUGAAAUUCCUGAAGUGGGAAAAACUGACGCAAAGAUAGUAUCUAUUUCAAGUGGAAGGGAACAUAUAAUUGCGUUGGAUAACUAUCAUAAUUUAUAUUCUUGGGACACAGGGAAUACGUCUAAGAUGGCUGUUCGAAUAUUGUUUCCUGGUUUAGAUAACAAGUUAAUCUCUAAGAUAUCCGCAGGAUGGAACUUGUCUGUUUGUCAAAUCGAUCAGAUUGGACUAGUUGUAUGGUAUUCGAGGAUACCACUAACAGAAGAGAAUUAUAUCAAUAAAACCAUGACUUCCGAGGCGAGAUAUGUUAUAAUUCCAGAGACAAAACACAGUCAAAUUGUCGACUUUAUGGCGGGAUGCGACUAUGUCUUGAUUAUAAAGGGUGAUGGGAGACUUUAUCGGUUUUCAAUAAAUGCACACGCUUUUGCAACUGGGGAUCGUGAUGAAACAAUGAUAGAAGAUCUCGAAAAGGUUGAUGAAUUCAACAAAUAUUUACUGGAACGUGGUUCAGAGAUAGGAAAGAAUACUAGAUUCACUAAACUAGAAGGUUGCUAUAAUAAGUUUGUAGUCUUCACUAACGAUGGGCUGGUCUUACUAGGACAGAAAGAUUUGGAAACUCCAAAAAUUCUUCCAGAAUUACAGAAUCGAAAUAUAACUAGCGUUACAAUAGGAGACUACCAUUAUUUGGCAUUAACAAGUAAUGGAGAGAUGCUAAGUUGGGGUACUGAGUCGAAACAAUGUGGAUGCCUAGGGCUUGGACCAAAGCAGGAGAUUAUUGAUAACAACAAUGGCAAUGUGAACGAUUUAGGUAGGCAGAAUGGUAUGGAAGUUUUAAGGCCAAUGAAAGUUAAACGACCGGCUGCUUCAGGGAAAUGGUUGGCAGCAGCAGCAGCAGGGUGGCACUCUUGCGGUAUAUUUGUUCCAAGUUUAGAGUGA